AUGCUUAAGAAAAUUUUUCGACGCGGUAGGAAGACCAAGCCGGCGGACUCCUCAAAUUCACCGGAAAUAUCGUCAGCUCGACUUUCGGAGUUAUCUGAGGAGCGAUUAUUUUCAGACAAUGAGAAAAAAGACAACGUGUCAGAGUCAGCAUCCAUGAAAGUCCUUGCGCCAUCUGUAUGUGAAUUUUGUACCGCUGGAAGAGUGAACUUGGAACAGCUGGACCAGGAUGCAUUAGAAACGGAUGCAGAAAGAAAAGAUGCCAAGAUAAAGAGACGUCAGAGGGAACUUAUCUGUAUGCAUCAUGAACUGUGUGAACUGACGCGCCUGAUGCGACGGGCCAAUGUGCAGGCCGACGUCCUGGACCAAGCUAUCGAUGACGCAAAGAUGGAAAUGGCCGCCCUCCAUACCAAUAAUGAUGUCGAUUUGGAAGAGGAUAUUCGCAAGCGAGAACCUCUUUGUUACAAGAAAUUCAAAAACAUUUCAACAAAAGUAGAAGCAGAAAAAGUCCUCUCCGUAGUUCGGGGGCGUCAGAAAGCUCUCCAACAGUUAGAAGUUCUCACCUAUAAAAAGCUCCUAGCACAUUCACACGGCCUUGACAAUAUCAGUAACGGGGCAGAUGACAAAAACUCCAGUAAAGACGAGAAAAAUAUGGAGAUUCAGCUGCCAUCUUUCAGGGCUCGUGCACCAGACAGACCGAAGCCUUUACCUCCCCCCAAACCUGUCCUUCCAAACCCCACCAACCGGCUAAAUUCUCACCUCCAUAACGCCAAUAAUCUCCUUAACCAACUGCUACACAUUAGUAUUACAGAUGAAGAUCAUGGACCUCUAGUAUCGCAAGAAUCCACCGUUUAAAUGAAGAAAAAAAUGUGUUCUGUUGUUUUUGAUAGAUUAUUUUGUUCUAAAACACUUGGAUGGAUUUGUUGUACAUUUUAUAGAAUUAUUUUUAAGGGUUUUCCAUUCUUACUGCAUACAUUUAUUUGGAAGACUUUAUGAAAAUAGCGGUUUGAAGAAAGCACAUCACAAAGGAGUACUAUUUUCAACAAGAUUCCAACAAUUCUAAAAAGACAAUAGUCAUGCAAUAAUGAAAAAUGUCAAUUCUCAAAUUGAGUUACAGACGCAGUCGUCAAAAUUGCUUUCACUAAGCAAUGCCAGAUUCCUUCAUUAGUUUAUAAAUGAAGCUUAAGGGAUUUCCAUUAUUAAAAAAAUGCAUUACAAUCUCGUAUCUGUAACUCCAGAUUAAAUAAGAUCAAGGUUAUUUUAAGAUUUCUUUCUUUUUGUUUAUUUUUUUAUCUCCAAUUUUUUUUGUCAAAAUUCUAAUGAACUACAUGUAUAUUAUAUUUUCAUUUGUAUCAUAUUUGUUUUUAAAUUAAAUAUUUUCUACCACUA